AUGGAGCGCCGAGACACCAGCUACCUGCUUUAUGAAGGACUUGAUAAGGAUGAAGAAAAACGGAAUGGUGUAAAGACACAGAUCUUUCUGACUGGAGAGGGAAGGAUGGAAAAUGACAGUGGUCAGGGCCAGGCAGGAGCAGCCGCAGCCGAAGGGGAAGAAGCAGAAGAAUUCAGUGGAGAAGGGCCCUCAGCUGCUGGUGCCUCAGGCCUCAUGGAUAACUUGAAACAAGAGGACCAUGGCACCAGCCGCAGUGACCAGGAGAAUGAGAAGCAGCCAAAAGAGCCAGUCCCCAGGGACAUGGAGGUUGCAGAAUGUGCACAACCUGUGUCUGUGCUGGUGCGCCAACGUGGCUUCCAGUACAAGUUCAACCAGUGGCAGUUGCAGGAGCUGGAGCGAUUUUUCCAGCAAAAUCACUACAUCAGCGCAGAACUAAGAAAACAGCUGGCAAGAUGGAUAGGCGUGACUGAAACUAGAAUUCAGAAUUGGUUUAAGGGGAGGCGAGAACAAUACAAGAGAGAUCAGAAGUGUGUAGAGGUGCUGAAGUGCCCUCACCCAGGAGCCAGAUGCUCAGAAGCUUUUGCUGCCGCUAACACUCACACUCAAAUAGAGUAA